AUGGCAGCGUGGAAUCGUCACCACCAUUUCAAUAUGCUCAUGGAUGAAAAUGCCAAAAACAAAUUGGGUGUUGUCGGCGGCGGCAUGCCUGAAGCCGCCGGCGGCGAGAGGCGGCAUGUGCCCCUCUACGGCCGACUCGUUGCUGAGGAUCAGCUGGCCUCCAUGAGCGCACCUUCGGACAUUCAGGUGAGCGCCCCCGCGCGCAACCCAAGAGCUUUCCUGCGCUACCGUAUCCCUGUCCAGGCUAUGCAAGCGCGGAUACCACACCACUUUCGAGACCCUUCAACGGCGCCUUUACGGAAACUCAGUGUGGACCUAAUCAAGACAUACAAACACAUAAACGAGGUAAGCUUAGUUUUAUAUCUCUAG